AUGAAGGGAUUCGUCGCGAUUUUCGUGAUUUGGCUGGCGACACUCGCCGACGCCGAUGAGCUUCUCGCCACACGCUGCCAGGCGCACUGCCUUCAUUUAAUGGAAACUCGAUUACAGGAAGUGGCGGAGCAUCGCAAAAACCUUAAACACCACAUUAUUCAAAUGUGCAAGGAUGACACGACGUGCUCGGCGUGCUCUGCUCCGUGUCGCGAGCAAUUCGACAAUCUACAAAUUUGCAAAAAAUCAUGUGUGUCGUCUGACGACUCGGCCGCGUGUGAGGCCUCUUGCGAAUAUCGCGAGACCAUUUAUGGCGAGAAGCCCGGAAGCUGUCCGAUCCCGAUGAACACCUCGACGUACGAGUGCUCGGCAUUAUGCCAUCUUGACGGCGAUUGCCCGGAAACGCAGAAAUGCUGUUCGCAUGGUUGCAGCCGGCAAUGCAUGAAGGCGAACGCGAAGGGCGCCCGUCUUUUGCCGAUUCCGCGAAAUAUCACGAUACAGGAAAGGAAGCGAAAACGAUCGAUUAUCAUUCGAUGGGCGACGGGAAAAUGGUCGAAAUCACAGCUGAAUGCGAACGCCAAUCUGUUCUUGGUGCAAUGGCGAUGGGGACUGCACACUGAUGAAACGGCAAUGACCGAGUGGCAGACUGUCACUGUGAGAAAUAAACCAUACGCUAUUCUCAAGCAUUUAUUGAGCCCUGGUCGAUAUUACCAAUUCCGAAUCGCCUCGGUGUCAGAUGCGGGAAGUCUUGGAUUCAGCGGUCCAUCCGAGCCUUUUAAGAUCUCGAAAGAAGCGAAAGCGCCAUCGGCACCGCGCGAUUUGGCACUUGGCAAUGCGAAAUUGACUCCGAUUGGUUUAUGGAAUCAAAUGGUCAUGUGGCACCCGCCGGCUAGCGAUUUGCCCAUCAAAAACUACCAAAUCUCGUGGGCGGCCUCCACUGCAGCGGAAGCCAAUGCAUUUGAGGAGAUGAUGCGAAAGAAAGUGACUAUGGAAUUCGGACAACACGAGAAGCGAAGCCUUGAAGAUGAUGAAGAAUGGGGAAUCAGUGAUCAGAGGGAUCGGCACUCGGUCAUCGUGCCUAGCCAUUCAUCACAUACCGAGAUCUCUGGAUUGUUCCCAAACUCGGUGUACAUUGUUGAGAUUCAUGCCACUGUUGAUAGUAGUGAUGGCGAGCUUCACGGCGAGAAAGGAAUCAUUUUCAUUCGAACGGCUGAUGCCAACGUCACACUGAUCCCAACCGAUCCUCCAGCUCGCAUCUCAGAUGAAAGCGAAGAAUUGAAGAUGGAGCCUGAGAACGAGCUACCGAAACUUCAUUAUCAUACCGAAUCGGUUCCGACGCUUCAAGUUCAAACGCCAUUCUUUGCUGGCGGCGAAUUGCAAACGAAUCUAAAUUGGCUCAAUUAUGCCGAGUGCGACUCAUCGUCCGGCAAAGCGAUCAACUAUAUUGUGCGUGUGCGAAAAACGCUUUGUCGCGAAUACCAGCCGAAUCAUCAUUCGGACACAAGAUGGCACGAUUUGAGAGUCGUCGAGUGUUCGGCGGUUCUUAAAGGCCUUUCCUUUGAUUGCGACUAUAAAGUGGAGAUUUCCGAUGGUGCAACCGAUACUCGUAUUGUCGACGGCGUAUUUUCCACCGACACCUGUGAGCAGACACCGGCGCUUUCGCCGGUAUCAUGCGCGACGCUCACUAAUCCCAUCAAGUGCCAGGUGAAUUCAAUGCAUUCUGCGCAUUGUCAUUGGUCUCGCCAUCACGAUUCUUUGCAAACCGUCAUUGGAUACCGUAUCAUUUUGUCUUCUCCGAUGGGUCCUGACACGAACAUCACAAUCAAUCAACCACAGCUCAGAGAAGUACGAUAUGAGGAAUUGAAACCCGGAAUGGUUUAUAAUGUCGAGGUGCAAGGAAUCACUAAUAAAGGUCUCGGAAGGACAGUGAGCACUCAGUUUAUCACCCAUUCUGAAGUAGAUCAUAAUCAGAUCGAGAGAUUCCCUGGAGGCGAGAUCAUCGAACUACCACUGGAAUCGCACUCAUCCUAUAUUGUCCCUUCAUUCCUUCUUUUUAUCUCAUUCAUUUUUGUAUUGCUCAGGUUUUAG